GUCGUCUUGCUUUGGAUGACGCCUUGAAGCAAGUUCAAGCCAACACAAGAGAUCUUGAAAAAGCAUUUGAAGGCUGGUCGGAAGCACGAAUUAAAGCAUACAAAGCAAUCGAAACCAAGCCAAACACAUAUUAUUACCGAUUUAACGCACCAGGUGAAGAACAGAAAAAAGGUCAAUGGACUAAGGAAGAAGAAGAACUCUUUUUCUCGAGAUUGAAAGAAAUGAAAGAAACCGGAGCUGAUGGCCAAUGGGGCAUAUUUUCCAUGGCAAUUCCUGGCCGAACUGGACGUAUCAAGGAUCCAAAUUAUGUGCUUGAUGAUAAAGGCAAAGCACAUUACUU